GUGUAAAACGUAAAAAUGUGUACUGUCUGAGAUGAGAAUGACGUCAUGGGGAGAAGCGUUAACCCUGUUGUUCCACUGUGUGUAUCGAACUCCACUCCGUAAUUUGCUGAUCACUUUAACCGUUCCACAACGUUUUCUGCUAUUAUUUUCUUCGUCUUUUAACUCUAACCAGACCUCGGACCUUCAACGAGUCACUAAGUGAAAAACUGUGUAAAAGAAUCGCGCAUUUUCUCAAAGUUUAUUGGCUGCGUUUUGUUUUUAUUCUGGGAGUUGAGUUGCUUUUUAUGUUACUGUUCCACUGCAAUUUUUUGCAUUAUUUUUCUCAUUAUUAUAAUUCACCUUCGAACAACUUUUCAAUAAUAAUAUCUAGACUUUUGAUUUGCCUUUAAAGGGGGAGUUUAUGCUGUUUUAUUUUUAUAAACUUUAUCCAAGGUAAAAAAAAAUCGAGGGAUUUAAAGACCCACCCGUCAAACGUGAUAGCAACCAGGUAGGCUACUGCUGGAUUGGCGAGACCAGACCAUGUCUCCUCUCACACCUCCUCCCCUGCUGUGGUUAUGGCUGACCCCUAUCUGUCCCUCUGGGUAGCUGGGAAAGAUGCCCUAUCCCCAACGAUCAAUCUCAUCCAGCAGGCCAACCAGGAGACUGACAGGACAGGAUGGACUAGACUAGCAUCUAGAAGUUGCGUACGUUUCAGCCCUUCUCAGCUCUUACAACAAUUACCUUCCCAACUCCAGAACUCUCCCAUUAGACUACACUACUCUGUGUUGCUGCUGUUCUGUUUUUAUCCCUCACAUUGCUACCAGGACUGUGCAUCUAGUCUUUAGGCUGGACUGUCUGUCAGAAUGCACAGGGCCAAGGGAGGGCCUGGCCCCCCACCUUUCCAGGACAUCUAUGAAUUCUCCAUGGACGGUGAUGAGACCGGCACCCAGAUCUUUCUGCGGGGCCCGAGGACAGCCAUGGAGGGCCCAGGGGAGCCCCUGUCCCCUCACUCCGAAUAUAUCCAGACUGAGCACCAGCAAGGCGGUCUCUUCUCCCUCAGGCCCCCCGCCCAUGGAGUGCCCCACACGGCCCCCCAGGGUAAGAAGAGGAGGCGGUGCGGCGUGUGUGCACCCUGUAUGCAGAAGGAGAAUUGUGGCACCUGCAGCAACUGUAUGAACCGUAAGAUUGGGAAGCAGAUAUGUAAGCUGCGUAAAUGUGACCAGCUGAAGAAGAAGGGACAGAAGGACUGCGAGGUGGGACAUAUUGAGGACUACAGUAAAGCCUGGUCGGUAAAGCCCAGUCUGGCAACAGAGACUGUUUCGGACACUGGUUCAGUGGAUGGCCCCAGAAGAGGAGGCCAGAUGGAAACUGGGUCACAUGACCGCCUCGAAGAAGGCGGUUCGUUGAGCCUGGAACCGACCAAUGGGGUGAGCCGGCAACCCAGUGACACCCAUGAGGAGGGUGGAGCCGGCCUGGACACCCAGAGGGAGCCCCAUCGGUCAGGGAGUGUUCCCCCAGGACAGGGUUGGGUACCUGGGCAGGGCAAAGCCCCCCAACCCCAGAAGCAGCUGCCCUGCAGUGGCUGGGGCAGUUUUGGUAGGACUCCUGGGAAGCCCGUCCACGAGGCAGACAUGGAGGACGCACGCAAUCUGGUAGCCUUCUCAGCCAGUGUUAAUGUGGGCUCUCUGGCCCCCAUCCCCGAGGCCCAGUCCUACACCGCCCAGCUGUAUGAGAAGUUCAACCAGGAGAUGGGCACUGCUAAGGGGGCCGUGGCUCAAGCCAGGCUCCAAGCCCCAGAGGGAGGGGAUCAGGCUAGCCCCCGAGAGGACUUGAACAACUUGCAGACCACCCUGAAGACUGCCCUGAAGACUGCCCUGAGCCAAGCGAGGCACGGCCACAAGCCCCCAAACUGUGACUGUGAUGGGCCGGACUGCCCAGACUACUUGGAGUGGCUGGAAAAGAGGAUCAAACAGGCGGGGGAGGAGCAGGACAACAACACACCCUGUUCCAAGAUGGCCGCCGACACGCCGCCUCAUCAACAGCCACCACACUCACAACAGCCCCCUCACCCCCACCACCAUCCUCACCCCCAUGUCAAUGGAGGUAACCCGCCCUCCUGUCCACCCCUUCACCCACACCAACAGGGCCAACGCCCAGGCUCUGUCCCCUGCUCCCCUCAGGUUCUCUCCAUCGCCAAGGAGAAGAACGUCAGUCUGCAGACGGCCAUAGCCAUCGAGGCCCUGACCCAGCUGUCUGCCACCACCCCCCAGACUGUGGUCCCUCCUGCCCAGGCCUCCUCUACCAGCCACCAACAACCCCCUCUACAGCCCCAGCACGGCAACCGCUUGCUCCCCCCCUCCCCCGGCCCCAUGUCCUCUUUGUCCUCCUCGCGGUCACAAUCUGUCCCCCCUGGACUGUACCCCCAGCAGAGCUCCUCGUCGUGGGAGCAGCAGCACAGACCCCAGUCCCAGGGUCAUCCGGCCCACGCCUCCCCUCUCCCGUCCUCCACUUUGCUUUUCCCCGGGCAGACCCAGGCAGGCAGCCCCCACCCUCACCCUCAGCAGUGGCAGCAGCAGCAGGCCCCUGGGGGAAUCCAAGAGCAAAGGAACCAGUGGAUGAUGAUGAACUCAGAUUCCCAGCAGUCUCACUUCGCCCCUCCGUCCGGUGGCCACAGCGUUGGCGAUCCCAUGUCCAAGCUCAAACAGCUACUGGGCGACUCCAGCGGAAAGUAUAUAAAUGACCCCUUCAAGCUGCCUAUCCCACACCACCACAUCAAGCAGGAACCAGGGAUGCCUCAGGUCAAGCAGGAGGUCAACUCUGGAGAGUACCAGAGCUCUGCCUGUGCCUACAUGGGCGGUCGCUACGGCCGGAUGAACGGCCAGCAGCAGCCUGGGUACCCUGGUCCACCUCUCUCCGCGGGCAGCACAGCCAUCCACUACUCCACCCAGACAGCCCUGCAGCAACACCUUCACCACAAGAGGAACCUCUUCUCUAAUCCUCCCGGCCCCCCAGGCCUCUGCCCUCCACGGCCCACCCAGGCCUGCCAGAACCUCCGCAAGUGGUGGCCCCAACAGAUGGGCCCCGAGGGCCACCUCAUCCCUGUGGUCAUCAAGCAGGAGCCCAAGGAGCCCAAGAGGAGGAAGAGCACGGCGGGGACAUCGCCGCUCCUCAAGCAGCAACCGGGGAUGCUGCUCUAUCCAGGUCCAAAACCCAAGACGAUAGUCAUCAAGAAAACCAAGCGGAAGGCCUCCCUGCCAACCUUCCUGCCUCACAGCCAGAUCUCCAUACAGAAACCGUCUCCACUCACCAUGAUCGGAGCCCUGCCUCUGGCCAGCGCCCAUUCAGGUUCUCUCCCUUUCCCUACCUUCCCCCUCCUCAGUAACCCCACUCAGGCUGCCGCAGGCCUCCCAACCCCGGCCCAAUCUCAGGUAUCCAUUUUAAACUCUUCUAUUGCACGCUCUGUCACUGCUCCUGCCUUCUCUGUAAACAGUCCAGCCGUCUCAACCCCUCUGCCUCUCCCUGCAGCCCCGGACGCCCCGGCUAGCUCAGGGGAGGCCGGCGCCACACAGACCUCCACCACCUCUCAGUCCAUACCAGGCCUCAGCUCCCUGGACCCCAAGUUUGAGGAGCUGAUCCUCCAGUUCGAGGCAGAGUUCGGAGACAGUUCAUCCUCGGCCCCAGUGCCCUGCCCUCCUCAGAUCCAGCCUCAGGACCAGUCCCCCUCAGCCUCAGCCCAGCCCGUGGUGAUAGAGUCUCAGCCCAACAUUACCUCAGGACAAGCCAGACCCACGUCACCGUCCAGCACCACCAACACCCAGUCCUGCAGCCCUACUCCCUUAGCUUCUACCACAGCCCCACCAGCAGACCAGGACAUGGAGGUGGACAAGGAGAAUGUGACAGGGGGUGUGAGUGAAGCAUCCUACACCUCCGCCACACAGCCCUCCACUGAGAGCCCCAUGGAGGAGCAGCCCGAGGGGGCCCAGUUGCCGCUCUCGCGGCGCCAAGAGGUCCAUCUGGAGCAGCAGCAGCACCGUGUCCUUGAAGACCCCUUCACCGUGCCUCUCUCCCCCUCCGCGUCCCCGCUGCCCAAACGUAUGAAGAUCGAGACGAAUGGGAACGUGGCUGUCCUCUCCACCACUGGAUCGUUCUCUGAGGGGGGCGAGGACGACACCCCCACUAAGGACGGCUUCCCCCUCAACCCCUCCCUAAAAGGCUUCCUGGAGUCGCCACUACGCUACCUGGACACACCCACUAAAAGCCUGCUAGACAUGCCCGCCAAGGACCUCCAGGCUGAGUUCCCCACCUGCGACUGUGUUGAGCAAAUCCUAGAGAAGGAUGAGGGUCCGUACUACAAUCACUUGGGCUCUGGGCCCACUGUGGCCUCCAUACGAGACCUGAUGGAGACCAGGUAUGGAGAGAAGGGAGAUGCUAUCCGUAUUGAAAAGGUAGUCUACACCGGCCGGGAAGGCAAGAGCUCUCAGGGAUGUCCCAUCGCCAAGUGGGUGAUUCGUCGGGGCAGUGAGACAGAGAAGUUGCUGUGUCUGGUGCGUCCCCGGACGGGUCACCACUGUCCCAACGCCUUCAUCAUCAUCCUCAUCAUGGCGUGGGAGGGCGUGCCCCGGGCGCUAGGCGACAAGCUCUAUCGAGAGCUCUCCGCCACCCUCACACAGUUCGGCAACCCCACUAGCCGCCGCUGUGGACUCAACGACGAUCGUACGUGCGCGUGCCAAGGCAAGGACCCCGACAGCUGUGGAGCUUCCUUCUCCUUCGGCUGUUCCUGGAGCAUGUACUUCAACGGCUGCAAGUAUGCCCGCAGCAAAACACCCCGCAAGUUCAGACUAACAGGAGACCACCCCCAAGAGGAGGAUCAACUCAGGGAUAACUUCCAGGAUCUGGCCACUGAGGUGGCUCCCCUGUACAAGCAGCUGGCCCCACAGGCCUACAGUAACCAGUGUCAGAAUGAGACGAAAGCCACAGACUGCAGGUUGGGUCUGAAGGAAGGCCGGCCGUUCUCCGGCGUCACCGCCUGCAUGGACUUCUGUGCCCAUGCCCACAAGGACCAGCACAACCUCUACAACGGCUGCACUGUGGUGUGCACUCUGACUAAAGAGGACAACCGUAAGGUGGGGGAGAUCCCAGAGGACGAGCAGCUCCAUGUACUUCCCCUCUACAAGGCCGACCUCACAGACGAGUUCGGCAGCGAGGAGGGCCAGCGUCAAAAGAUGCGUACAGGCGCCAUUCAGGUGCUCAACAACUUCCGCCGCGAGGUCCGCAAGCUGCCCGAGCGCGCCAAGUCCUGCCGUCAGCGCCGCCUGGACGCUAAGAACCGUGCCUCUGAGAAGAAGAAGGGCAAGCAGCAGCCGCCAACGCCCACAGAGACGCCGGAGAAACCCGGGAUCAAGAUGGAGGUCCGGCACUCUGGCUCCCCUGUCAGACAGAAUGGCAAUAAAGCCAUCCCUAAGCAGGAGGUGAAGCCCACCAUAAAGAAGGAGCCAGUGGACCAGCGCUUCCAGCCCUUCCAUGGUCAGCUGGAGGGCUACCCUGCCCAAACCGCUGACCCCUACCACGUCUACCCCUCCCACCCUGGCUACUACGCACGGGGAGGCCUCUCUUCCAAUGGCCAGCCCCCUGCACUUCCACCUCCACCAGGCCCAGUCAAUGGCUACCGCCCUAAUCUACCGGCAGCACUGCCCUAUGGCUACUACAACUACCCCCCCAACCCUAGCACACUUUUCCCACAUGAGCUCACUUACGAGGGCUGCAACGGCUCCUGGCACCACAUGGGGCACAAGUUUUCCCCCAGUCCUGUGGACAAGAAGCCAGACGUUCAGAGCCUCCAGGCCAGGCUAGCUCACUCCUACUCCAGCCCAGGACACCUGGAGCAGCAGCACGGAGACCCAGCCAACCAACACCAACGCAGCGCUUACCCACACCCUCACCAGACUGACUACAACCAAUCACGUCCCUCCUCAGUGUCCUCAGAGCCCUCCCACAGAGGGACCCCCGUCAUCAAGCAGGAGCCCAUAGAUAUGCCAGUUUAUAAGGGGGUCAAUGCCCAGAGCUGUCCCAGCACACCCAGCACCACCCCACAGCCUGGCGCUGCUGGAGGGCCCUGGCAUGGGCACAAGCCCAACGGCAUUAGGGUGCCCAGCAGUUGGGAAGGCAACCUCCAACCACCAGGCCCCCCGGAGGCUCCCUUCACUUCAGACAAGCAGCAGUUCCACCAGCAGGGACCUCACCAGACUUUCCAGUCCCCAUACCCCCAAGAGCAGCAUCAGCAUCCCCCACAACAGCCCUCCCCAUACUCCCAGCAAUGGAACUCUUACCAUGGCCCAAACACCCCCACGGCCUCCCCUGCUCCCUCCCUGUCCCCCUCCAUAAAGAUACCCCCGUCCCCCUUUCCCUCCUCACACCCCGGCACCCCCCGCCACUGGGACAGCCCUGAUUCCAGCCCUCAGCCUAAGGCUUGGCCCAUGGGCAUGGUUCCUGCUGGUUACAGCCCCAGUCCCGCCGGAGGCUUCCCCGACAAGAUGUGGUCCAAGGCGGGCGAGAGUUGGGGCUCGACCCCCUUGGGGCUCCAGGAGAAGGCCUGGAAGUCUUCCGGAGGCUCUAUGGCAGGUACACCGUCCCCAGCCCCAGAGGGACGCUUGUUCCCCGAUGCCCUACAACAGUCGGAUGGACAGUCCCAGGCUGAGACUCCUCACAACCUCGAGGAGGAAGAGCGGUGGUCGGACAGCGAGCAUAACUUCUUGGACCCCAGCAUCGGAGGGGUGGCGGUGGCGCCCGCCCACGGGUCCAUCCUGAUUGAGUGCGCCCGGCGCGAGCUGCACGCCACCACACCGCUCAAGAGGCCCGACCGCUCUCACCCCACCCGCAUCUCCCUAGUGUUCUACCAGCACAAGAACAUGAACCAGCCGUGCCACGGCCAGUGGAUCUGGGAGGCCAAGAUGAAGAUGCUGGCGGAGCGGGCUAGAGAGAGGCAGCAGGAGGCAGCACUACUGGGGCUGCCCUACGACGACAUCAAACCUGGGAAGAAACGCAAAUUGGGGGCCACGGCAGCAGGGGCCAGCCCGGGGCCUGGCCAGACCACGGACAAGAGAGAGGGGCCGGUGACACGGCUGGCCCCCACGCGACACACCACCUCUACCAUCACUGUAUCCCCCUACGCCUUUACCACCCUCACCGGGCCCUACAGCCACUUUGUGUGAGGAUGGAUGGACACACAGACACAGACUGGUGGAGGGAGAGAGGGCUGAGCAGGCCAGGGAGGAGUGUCUCAGCCCUUCCUUCUCUUCUUGCUCUGUUUCCUCUGGGCUGGAAAGAGGGGGACUACUGGUUUAACUCCUCUUUUUGUUUUGUUUGUUUUUUUUACCUCAUGUCAGGCAGCAGUUUGGACCAGACCCUGGGCCAUACAGACACACUGCCUGUGGUGCUCGUCCUCUUUCCUCCGCGGGGGGACUCCAUCGCUUCUCCUUCUUCAUAGAAUUUUAAUGAUCCUCCUAAUUAUUACUAUUAUUAUCAAUAUUAUUAUGAUUGCUAUUGUUACUAUCAAUGUUGUUAUUACAGGUAUUGUUAUUUUUAUGAUGCUGAGUUGAUUUUAAAUUUUUUUGUUGAUAUGGUUGUUUUGUCAUUAAUGUUGUUAUUAAUGAUGUGAUUGGUUUUGGUUUUGUCUCAGUCGAUCUUUAUUUUUUCCCAUAUUUCUGGAAAUCUGCCCAUUUCUUUGUUGUUUUUCCUUUGGCCUUUGACAUUCUUGUGACUGUACUUGGAGAAUGGCCUUUCUCAGCACUGCAAGGCUCCUCAAGACAGUCUUUCCAGCACAGAAUUCUAAACAUUUGAAUCACUAAUCAUUACCAAAAGAGUGAAGAGAAACGCCACCACCCACAGAAACUUCUCUGAACCAUCUGGUUUUGAGCAACGUCCCCAAACUCAUGCCUUUUUUAAACUCCCGUCUUGUCUGCCUUGCGGUGAAGAGAAGGGUUCUUCUCUCCUCAUUGUUACUCUCACCCUACCAAUCCACCUCACUCUAUUGGUGCUUCAUGUUGAUCUUCCUCCUUUCCACAGGGAGGAUGUCAGUCACUCCAUUUCUCUACUCUUAAUGGCACUAGAUGCUGAAUAUAAGGAAGGGUGCUUUUAUGGCAUAGACGUAGAGUGAGUAGAACAACAGGCAGUAGAAGUCCUCAUCAUCCUUCAGGUGUUGGUUGAGAGAUCUAUCCCUCCAGUUCUAUGACUCCCCUGUAAGCCCCUGUAAAAUGGUGCACUGAUACACACAGACACACGCACGCACACAAAGCUCUUGUCAUCCGGCCAGCACAGAGCAAUGCCUUACUGCUUUAAACCACCGAAGCAUGGCCGCUAAAGUCCAGUCCUUCCAAUGACCGCAGGCAGCACGGGCCACGCAAGGCCUUUACACUGAAACCGGAGACAUUGAUGGGAAUAGUGUGUGGACAGAAAUGCACUCCUAAACACACACUGGUGCUUUCUCUACACAUGUCGACACACAAAGGGCUCAGUCAGUCAGCCCUGCUUCUGCAUGGUGCUGUUUGUUGUCUUGAAGCAGAGCUAGGUUUGUCUCUAUGCAUACAUUGUCACAACAGAGCCAGUAAAAACGUAUUCACCAAUCCUGGCUGCCUCUGCAUUUGGCCCUAAGUCAUCAAGUGUUGCAGUCAGUGGGUUGAACCCCAGCUGACUCUAUCUAAUGUGCACCACAGUGGACUGGGCUAUAAGAGGUUGUGAAUCUUUUUUCCACAUUGCACUAAGAUCCUCCUCAGCCUGUUAGAGGCCUCACUCAGUGCAGCGCUGCAUGUUGUAUCCAGCUCUGAGCUCUUGUGUGUGUGUGUGUGUGUGUGCGUGUGUGCGUGUGCGUGCGUGUAAGUGUGUGUGUGCGUGCGUGUAAGUGCGUGUGUGUGUGUGCGUGUGCGUGUGCGUGCGUGUAAGUGUGUGUGUGUGUGCGUGUGCGUGCGUGUAAGUGCGUGUGUGUAAGUAAGUGCAAGAACCAGAGUCUGCUUGGUGCUCACUUCUGAGAUGAAAAACCCUGGUGCUUAUGAAGUUGUCGAUAUAGAGCUCUCUAUACCUCAACGUUGCAGAGACACUGGUCAUGGUUGCAAAAAGCUAGAAACACACACACACACACAUACACACAGGCACCACAGAGGACAGAGAAACGAGAUAAACAUUAGUCCACAACUUCCCUGUGUGCUCUCUUAUCUAAACUCAUUUUAAUCCACUUUUUUAUUCUUAUUUAUUACAUGAUAAUGAUGAUUGUUUUUCUUUUUUUUUUAUAGGUAAUACAAAUUGUACAUACAGAAGAAAAGAUUUUAUAAAAGCACUUUUAAUCUUGAAAAAAUAACAGAUUAUUGACAACUUGAAGCUUCGUUUUUUUGGUUUGUUUUUUUUGGGGGGGGAGAGAUAAAAAAAAUGUUAAUAUUUAAAAUAUUUAGGUAAGAUUAUUUAACUGGUUAGGGAUAAUGACUAAUUCCAGGCUUUUAAGUCCAGUCAGUUUGUCAGACAGCCUUCAGCAGCAGAAAGCAACACAGUGAUUUCCAAUGUGUUGUUGUGUCUGUAGAUGUAUACUCAAUCCUGCUGUCUGGAUUUCAUUAGUACUGUACUACACGAUACCUCUGACAGCAACCAACCAGUCCCCCUUCGUGAGAAGAGAUAGACCUAAUCAGUAAUCAGGCUGCUUAUAAACCUGACUAUGAUAUCUAGCUAUCCAUUCUGAGAACCAAUGCUAAACGAAGGGCUCUGUAAUCAAUCCGUAUCGCAGAAAUUCAGUGGUAAAGCCCAAUUGAAAUUUAAACGCAACGGUUCGGUGUUGGAAGAGACGGCACUCACGCUAAAUGCAUCACGUGUCGGCUCAAAUCGGAAAUGACUACAUUUCUAUCACGAAAUCUGUAACGCUUCAACAAUACGGAUUGAAUAGAGCUCAAAAUAUGUUUUUUUCUUUCUUUAUUUUUUUUACACGAGAUUCAAACAGGUGCAGAAUCAAACUCAUCAGAAAUGUGUGAGAGAACUCUAGUGAGGUGUCGCCCCAGCAAUCUAUCUGGUUCGUUGUAUUAGACUAUGAGGUGAGAGGUUGCCCCCACCGUAACUCAUUUUUUAAAUGUGGUUGUUGGUUAUUAUUAUCAAUGAUAGUGAUUAUAACAGUAGUAAAGGAUGUAACCGUAAUGAAAAACCAUGACAACUUAACACUUGUAGUACCAGACUGAAGGUACAGUGCAUUACUGGAAGACACCAGAUAAUACCUGGUAGUAUAGUUUGUAAUAUUGUCUUUUGUUCAUUGUCAUAGAUUGUCACAGACAUGACCAACAGGACUUUGACUAACUUAGGGACUGGGGGGGGGAAAUGGGGAAAUAUGCCUGUUCCUUUGUCUCAAACUACUCAUGAUCCUGUUUCAAUUGUAUUCUAUUCUCACUGUUAGAACAAAGUCCCCCUUUAAUAACGACAAUGCAUGAUUCACACACAGUUAUAAUGAUUCAUUCAUAUGUAUGACCUGUAUGUAAUAAGGGGUGCUGAUCAUUAUAUUCUUCAGAUGAAUUUUGUACAUUUCUAUUCAAGACGUGAUGGAAAUAACAGAAAAAUGCUCAAAGGAGGCUGGUGCUAUGGUGCCCCCCCCCUCCCCCGUGGAAUAGUGUGUGUGUGUUGGGGGGGGGAGGGGGGGUAUAUCACUGAUAUUUUUUAGAGCUCUUAGAAUGAUGAGAGGAACUAUUAUUUUAAAUAUGUCCGUUUCAGUGGAUGGGGAACUGCUCCGGUGCUGAUCUUAUGGGAAUUUCCCAUUCAUGUUCAAGGCAGUGAACAAAAAAAAAAAAAGACAACUGUUGAAUUGAAGCACUCACACAUUUCAUACAUACACUUUUAUUAAUCCUUGUCCCCAUAAGGUACUUUUAACUGCUAUGGGGAUUGAAUGAUCAUAUUAUAUUGAAGUGAACAGACUGUUAUCUUAAUUGAAAACUUGUUGCAGUGUAUGUGCGGAAGCUAUUCUAUUAAACAUUACUGUUUUGGGUAUGUUGUACAUUUUAAUGGUGAGGGGAGAAUGUUAAAAUAUUGGAACAAUAUUGGAACAAUUGUGUACUCCCACGCUAUUUUUCUCCCUCAUGCACUUAUUUUCUUACGUACUUAUACACUCACUAACUGCUUACACAUCUCACAUACUUUCCAUCUCUCUCUCUAUCCUUUUCUCCUUCUCCCUUCUCCCCCCCUCUCUCUUCCUCCCCCCCUCUCUGUCCCCUUUUCUAUUUCUCACAAACACAGACAAAUAUUGUCACCAUUUAUACCCCGCACUCAGUUCUCAAGCUGGGCUCAAGCUUAAAUCCUGCCCCAAAUAAACAGAAAACAAACACAACACCACAACUGGCAGCUACAUUCCUUUUUCAGUUCAAAGAUUGUUCUUGGUUCUAUUUUUUCAUGUCAAGUAUGCAGUAUGUAAAAAAGUUGUUUUGUUUUUGUUCAGUCUCUCUUUGUAGCUGUAUGGUGUAUUAUGUGAAUACAUAGUGUAUGUGGUACAACCCACAAUAUUGUUUUAUGUUGCGCGAUAAAUAAAAAGCUAAAAAUGAAAAUCA